AUGGUGCCGGCAAUGCCAGGAGGACCGGUCAUGGACCUCGGCUAUAUGCUCCAGCCCAAGUUGGUAGCCACACACAGCUUUAGCGACGCCCCGGCUCUCGAUGUUCUGCUCGUCCCCGGAGGUUUCGGCCCCGUCACGCUCGAGCAGAACAAUGACACCUCCAUCGAGACGUUCUUGCGCCGCCGAUUUGAUCAACUUGAAUACCUCCUCAGCGUCUGCACGGGUAGCGCAAUCCUUGCGUCCUCCGGUCUCCUUAAUGGGCACCGUGCCACGAGCAACAAGGCUCUAUGGUCAUGGGUGACGACGCACGGCGAGAAUGUCACUUGGGUGCCGAGCGCUCGGUGGACAGAGGAUGGCAAGAUCUGGACGAGUUCGGGGGUAGCAUCGGAUGCGGCAGGUAUCGACAUGAUGUAUGCGUUUCUGAAGCAUCUGUAUGGGGAGGACGACCCGAACCUUGUUGCGACCAUGAACGCCAUCGAGUACACCCCGCAUACGGAUCCGCACUGGGAUCCCUUUUCUAUCGUACAUGACGUCCCCGGGCAUGCCAACGGUAACUUGGAGAGCUGUGUCAAGCCGGUUGGGACUCACUCCCGGGAUGAUUAG